AUGCAAGGACCCUCAGCUGGUUCGUGCUGCUGCGCUGCUGCUGCCAGUGCUGCUGCGGUCGGUGUCUUUGCUGCAGCAGCAGCGCGACCCCCGCAGCUGCAGCAGAGCGCCAAGGACUUGUUACUAGCAGCAGCAGAACCAGCUGCUGCUGCUGCUGCUGCUGCUGAUAGUCCUGCUGCUGCUCCUGCUGUUGCAGCAACACCAGCAGCAGCAGCAGCAGGAGCAGCAGCAGCAGCAGCAAGUCGACGCAUGCGUUUGUGGCUGCUGCGGCAGCAGCUGUGGGCAGCAGCAGCAGAUUGUAUUGAGACAGUCAGCCUGCAGCAGGAGACAUACCAUCUGCGUCCGUUGCUGCUGCAGCUGCUGCUGCUGGAGGUGACCUUCUCGCAGCAAAUUGUUGCUGCAAGACAAGCAGCAGCAGCAGCAGCAGCAGCAGCAGCAGGAAGAGAUGCUGCUGCUGCUGCUGCUGCUGAGAGAGAAGGGGCAGCAAGCCAGCAGCAAAACUCACGCCGUAGGAGACGCUGCUGCUGCACACCUGCAGCAGCAGCAACAGCAGCAGCAGCAGCAGCAGCAGCAGCAGCAACCCGAACAGCAGCACGAAAGUCUCUGCUGCUGCAGCGGCAGCAGCAGCAGCAGCAGCUAGCUGGAGAAGGGGCUUAUCCUGCUGCUGUUUUGCGAGUGGCUGUGAUGGCGGUGCUGCGUUGCUUCAGCAGCCGCAGCAGCAGCAGCAGCAGCAGCAGCAACAGCAGCAGCAGCAGCAGCAGCAGCAGCAGAAUGUUGAUUGACCUGUGGAGAUGUCUCUCCUUCGCGCUGCAGCAGGAAACAAGACAAGCAGCAGCAAACUGCAUCGGCAGCAGCAGCUUCCUUUCUCUGUCUCCUACAAGCAACGCAAGCAGCACCCAGACACCUGCUGCUGCUGCUGCUGCUGCUCCUGCAGCAGCAGCAGCAGCAGCAGCAACAUCAGCAGCAGCAGCAGCACACGCAUCAAAUUCUGCUGCAGCGGAAGCUGCAACUGGUGCUGCUACUGCAUCUGUUACUGCUGCGCCUGCUGCUGCUGCACCUGCUGCAUCAGCAGCAGCAGCAGCAGCAGCAGCAGCAGCAGCAGCUGAUGAUGAGGAGGACGUGUAUGCCCGGCGUGUCUCUGUUCUGAAGGCGAUGCUGCAGCAGCGCAGCAGCAGCAGCAGCAACAACACCAGCAACAGCACAGCAGCAGCAGCAGCAGCAGCAGCAGCAGCAGUAGCAGCUGAUGAUGAGGAGGACGUGUAUGCCCGGCGUGUCUCUGUUCUGAAGGCGAUGCUGCAGCAGCACGUUUGCUUCGAGUCAGAUGCAGCAGCAGCAGCAGCAGCAGCAGGUUUGCUGCUGCCGCUGCUGCCCACCUGGUGGCGCUCUCCCUUUUCUUCUCUCUGCACCUCGCCGCUUUCAGCUGUCUUCAAGCUCACCAGCAGCAGCAGCAGCAGCAGCAGAAGCCUUGCUGCUGCCGCUGCUGCCCACCUGGUGGCGCUCUCCCUUUGCUGCUCUCUGCACCUCGCCGCUUUCAGCUGUCUUCAAGCUCACCAGCAGCAGCAGCAGCAGCAGCAGAAGCAGCAGCCGCAGCAGCAGCAGCAGAAGCAGCAGCAGCAGCAGCAGCAGCAGCAGCAGGCGGGUCCUCAGUAG